UAGCCUGUCCGCGUGCACCUCUGUCAGUGGAGCAACCCAGUGGUGUCGACAGGCAGGGAAAGCCCUCACUGACUGUAAGUACAGUGUCUCCGGUGAAGACCGCCGCUCCGCACUCUUCCGCCGCGACAUUGAGGGCUGCGCGUCUGAACGGACUGAAAACCACCCCGAGACAACAACGCAAAGCUGUUGCAUUGUAUCUUUUCGUUUUCAGGGGGACAUGGCUGAUGUAAGUUUGAACGAGUCGUCCUCCGCGGACGUCGCAAAUAGGUUUGCUCGAAAAGGCGCCCUGAGGCAAAAGAACGUCCACGAGGUCAAGAACCAUAAAUUCAUAGCCAGGUUCUUCAAGCAGCCGACUUUCUGCAGCCACUGCACGGACUUCAUCUGGGGGUUUGGAAAACAAGGAUUCCAGUGCCAAGUUUGCUGUUUUGUGGUCCACAAGAGAUGCCAUGAAUUUGUCACGUUCUCCUGCCCGGGGGCAGAUAAGGGGCCCGAUACAGAUGAUCCCAGAACUAAGCACAAGUUCAAGAUCCACACCUAUGGGAGCCCCACCUUCUGCGAUCACUGUGGCUCUCUCCUCUACGGCCUCAUUCACCAGGGCAUGAAGUGUGACUCCUGCGAUAUGAAUGUCCAUAAUCAGUGUGUUAUGAAUGUGCCCAGCCUGUGUGGAACUGAUUACACUGAAAGGAGGGGGCGUGUUUACCUCAAGUGUGAGGUCAGCGGAGAUAAACUGCAGGUCACAGUGACUGAAGCCAGAAACCUCAUUCCCAUGGACCCCAAUGGCCUGUCUGAUCCAUAUGUGAAGCUCAAGAUCGUACCAGAUCCCAAAAAUGAGACCAAGCAGAAGACCAAAACGAUCCGCUCCAGCCUCAACCCCAAAUGGAACGAGACGUUCACUUUCAAGCUGAGGAAUGCAGAUAAAGACCGCAGACUAUCAGUAGAAGUGUGGGACUGGGAUCGGACCACGAGGAAUGACUUCAUGGGAGCCCUUUCCUUUGGCGUGUCAGAGCUCAUGAAGGCUCCAGUCUGUGGAUGGUAUAAGUUAUUGUGCCAGGAGGAGGGGGAGUACUACAAUGUUCCCAUCUCAGAGGAGGAUGAUGGUAAUGAGGAACUGAGGCAGAAAUUUGAGGACCAAGCAGUUGUGGAAGACUCUGAUCAGAAAGCCAAACUUGGCCCUGCUAAGAAGGUGAUCACUGAGACUGAUGACAGCCACUCCAGCCAGCUCCCAUCAAACAGCCUGGACCAGGUCAAACUCAUCGACUUCAAUUUCCUAGCUGUGUUGGGGAAGGGAAGCUUUGGCAAGGUGAUGCUAGCAGAGAUGAAGACCACUGAGGAGCUGUAUGCUAUAAAGAUUCUGAAGAAGGAUGUGGUAAUCCAGGAUGAUGAUGUUGAAUGUACCAUGGUGGAGAAGAGAGUCCUGGCCCAGCAGGACAAACCGCCCUUCCUCACAUACCUCCACUCGUGCUUCCAGACAGUGGACCGCCUGUACUUUGUCAUGGAGUAUGUGAAUGGUGGAGACCUUAUGUACCAUAUCCAGCAAGUGGGCAAGUUCAAGGAACCUCAGGCAGUGUUCUAUGCAGCAGAGAUCGCUGUUGGUCUCUUCUUCCUGCACUGUAAAGGAAUCAUCUACAGGGAUCUGAAGUUGGACAACGUGAUGCUGGACUCUGAGGGACACAUUAAGAUUGCUGACUUUGGCAUGUGUAAAGAGAACAUGACAGAAGGAGUCAGCACGAGGACCUUCUGUGGCACUCCGGACUACAUAGCUCCAGAAAUCAUAGCAUAUCAGCCAUACGGUCGCUCUGUAGACUGGUGGGCAUAUGGAGUUCUGCUCUAUGAAAUGCUGGCAGGACAGCCUCCAUUUGAUGGUGAAGAUGAGGAUGAGUUGUUCCAGUCCAUUAUGGAGCACAAUGUGUCCUACCCCAAAUCGAUGUCCAAAGAAGCUGUCUCCAUCUGCAAAGGGUUGAUGACUAAACACCCAUCCAAACGUCUGGGCUGUGGCGCUGAGGGAGAGAGGGACAUCAGAGAACACGCCUUCUUCAGACGCAUCGAUUGGGAACGUCUCGAGAACAGAGAGAUACAGCCCCCCUUUAAGCCUAAAGUGGGCUCCAGUUCUUCUAAUAAGUGCGGCAAAGGAGCGGAGAACUUUGACAAGUUCUUCACACGCACCCAGCCCCAGCUCACACCGCCAGAUGAGCUGGUUAUUGCCAACAUUGACCAGGCCGAGUUCGCAGGGUUCUCUUUCAUCAACCCCCAGUUUGUACACCCGUCGCUCAACAACAGCGAAUGAGAAGGAUGGGAAAACCUCUGUGAGGAACCUUUCUGCUCAUUGCUACCCAUUUAAACCAACCACCCACCUAACAUCUGACUACCAUUCAAUCCUAAUGUGUUGGUGUUAUUCCUAAGCAGGAUUCUAGGGCAUGCACAAUUUGCCAGUAUAUAUUAUGGAUUGGAGAGGCUGUAUUUGUCUACAAUUUAAGAAAUGUAUUUCUCUGCGUAUAAAUCUCAAUGGAUUGAAGUUAUAUUCUACAGAAAUAAUUGGCAGGUUGUAAAUUCUAUCUACUUGGAUAAUCACAGUAUGGAUAUUAUGUGAUAAUCUGAGAAACACUCGUUAGGCAGUGUAGAUGCUAUAGCCAAAUAUGAAGGAGAGGCGGUGCAGGCGUUUAAACAGCACCUUGUUGUUCAAUGUUUCCUGUAUAAUGUUUACAGUUUUUCUCUCCUUUGAUUUCAUGGUGGUGGUGUAAAAUGAAAUGUUUUUACAAAUUGGUUCUAGCCAGUCUCAACUUCCAGUGUGUGUGUAGCAAGCCAACUGAAGGAUUAACGGUGAGGUUCUAAAACAUAUGCAGCCUGUAAACUCAUAGGUAUCAAAGUGUUGCGUCAUUUUGGCAACAAGUUCACUUGGCUUUACUAUUAUCAGCCACUUUGACCUGAUUGUAACAAAAAAUAAUAGUGUAAGCUCCCAAUCCCUUGUCCUUAUUAAGCUUCAGCUUGUAUACUUUCCUUGUCAAUGAUUUUGUGGACAGUAUGCGGACACACAAGUUUAACAGUGGCAGUCUUGUUAACCUACCUUGAAAUCAAACCGUUUACAGUUUGUCAUAGUCUAACACUUUUUAGAGUUAAUCACCGUUUUGUCCCAUGCUACACCCACAGAGCCUCACAUUGGUCUUAAAUGUUGUAACAGAGACUGUAAAGAAAUUUUCAGUUGCUGAACACAUGACAUUUUGUAUCAGUGUGCAUUAACCAUAAAAUGUUUUAUUGAAUAUGGUGUCAUCAGCUUAAAAGCUGAUAAAACACUGAAGUUCGAUGCAGAAAUUUGAUAUCAAAUUUGAAAUCCUUUCACGUUGCAUUGCUGUAAUGAGAACAAACUUGUCUUUCAUUUGGAGUCUGCAUAGCCAUUAUUAGUUAAAUCAGUUUUUGUUUUGGGGGUUUUGUUUUUACUGUUUUUACAGAUUUGAUCUCACUCUCAUACCGUAUUUUUCCAUUAUAGCAGAAUAAUAUUUUAAUGUACUUAAAACUGGUGUGUAUCUCAUCUGUAAAUAAUUGCAAGUUCUUUAAAAAAAAGAAAAGAAAAGAAAGUAUAGCAAGUUACAGUUUUAUACCAACACCUGAAUGUGCUUUUAUUACAUCAGUUAGAUAAGCCAAUAUUUGUAUGUUAAAAGCCCAGUACAGAUCAGCACUGUAACAGUUUCUUUAACAGAGUCCACAUUUAGAAAGUUGUGAAACAUUUGUUCUACUCUUUGUCUGAAUUAUAUAAAAUUCUUCUUUAAAAAAAAAAAUUUUUUUUGAGCGAUUUUGACUGCAAAUUGUGUGUUGAUUGGAUACACGUCUGGCUGUUGACCGUCCCUUUGCAUCUGCAUGCUGUUGGUAGACAUCAUUCAUGCACGUGAUACAUUAUGGUAAAUGCUGCAUGCUAAAAAAGUACAAAACUCCAAAGAAUAACAAUGUCACAGUAAUCAAAAUCGUGGUUUACAGUAAGUACAGAUCCACCUUAAUGUUUUUACUGGUUUCUUAAAGAAUGGUGACCGUGAUUAGCUUAACUACAUGCUGGCUAAAAAAAAUCCUACUGAUAGCACUUCACUGUUAAUGGAACAAGUUGUCAAAAUGUUAGUAGUAAUGUCUCAAACUGCUCCUGCUUGCUCUGAUUCUGUAUGUGCUGUUUAAUACAAACUGUACUUUUUUCUUUCUUUUUUUUUUUUUACAAAAAUGCUCUAUUUCCAUCCCAAUUCGCCUACACAGCUCCAAACAAUCCCACAUUCAGCUUGUUUGUAGGUCUUGCCUUGUGAGUGUUAAACAGUCAAAAGAUUAGAUAGUAAAAACAACUCCUUUCUCCUCUCUUACACCUUUUCCUUUACCUCAAUCGAAAAUGUCAUAAAGUCAGGAAAAAAGGUUAAGGAUAAUCUGUAGGGACUUAGAGAAACAACAGUGGUGCUAGGAGAAUGUUAUCUCCACUAGCAGUUCAUCUUAGAGAGACCACAUCUGAAGUAUAUAGGCUGUAUAAAUGUGGAUAAACCAGUAAAAGGUGUUACUUCAUUACCAAGGUUGGAUUUGUUCAAUCCUACGAGUUUAACAUAUUGUUGAAAUUUCAAAACACGUAAUUGUAUUAGGAGGUUUAUGGACAACACAGCAAUGAUUUACAAGUGGUCUGCAUCCCUUAGCAGCAAUGUUGAUUGUUAGCUUUCGAGAUUUCUUUAGUAAAGGAUUCUCUAGUAUAUUAUAUGCCAAAGUAGAUAAGAAAGGUUUAAAUAACCGGUCAAAAGAUAAUUUCACCAAAAACCAGAUUUAAGGUGGGCCGUUACACAUCCCUGCCAAUUAUUAUCGCUGCUUAACUGAGAAAACUAGUCAGCUGUCUCAGUCAUUCAGUGCAGAUAGAUUGGUGAUUGUGAAAACAAGCAUCAAGAACAACAGUGAUUUGCCAAAAGAAUGCAGAUCACAGGAUUUGAAUGCUAUCGAAUAGACAUUUAUUAUAACAUAAAUGUAAAUACAUCUAGUAAUAGCAGAUAGACUUAAAUUGCUUUUUAAAUUCUUUCAUGAGACCUAGUCGCUGUCACAGAGCUUAGAUCAGUGCUGUCUUCUGUAGAAGCUUGAUAUACUGCAUAUAUAUUGUAUAGAUAUAUAUAUGCACGCGUAUACACUUUAUGUCCUCAUGCUCCUUUUGCCUUUACCUAAGAGAAUUUGGAACACAGAGUCCAGAUCUUUGGUGAGUUUUGGCUUAGACACUCUGAUAAUUGGUAGAUCAGUGGGACCACACGCUCUCUAGUGUCUCAUGAAUGUUUAUUAUAAUCUUAAUGUUGUGUUGUUGUUGCUUUUUUUUCCUUUUUGGUUUUUUUUUGGGGGUUUUUUUGCUCUCAUUUUUUUUGUUGUCAGUUUUAUUUCUCUAGCAUCUGCACAAUUCAGGAAUGUUUCACAGGAUAUAUCUCAAUAUCAUACUGCAAAGCUUAUAUCUAACUGACAUAGAUAGGAUAGAUAUUGUUUGAAUGUAACUGAACUUAAUAUUUUGUCAGUAUUUUUGUCCAAUCUCUCCUAGUUUGUUUCCCAUCUGAUGCAUUUGCAUGUGCCAAAACUGGAAAACACCGGAAUUUGAAAAUUGCAGCGUCGCACUAGCUGCGGUCACCAAAACAACUUUGUGUGGCAGCUUCUAAAGGCAUACGCUGCUGUACAGUCAGUUGGCCACAUUACAGUAGCAUGCUAACACGAGUAUACCAGUGCACAUUGUGUCAGUACACUUAACAAUGCCAGUCGGUUUGAUAAUCAACUUAUCCUGCACGUUGUUCCCUUUGGGCAGAACAUUUCAUUUGGUAAAGCGUUUGAUAGUCACAGUGAAUUUCAGAGAAAUGAGAGAAAAUAUUCCUUGUACAUACUCAGAGUUUGCUCAGCAGCAGUCUUGCCCUUGUCUAAACCUAACUUGCACCUCUGUAUGUGACAAGUGCUGACUUAAUAGCCUAGCUUCAUCCCUUUAAUAGAAUCUCUGUUGACUUGCUGUGUUUUCAAAAUGUCAAGUCACAGUCGGUGUGGGCAUAAAGAUUAUUCCUCCCUUGUGUGCCUUUCCCAGCUUGUACACCUAUACUGUACAUAUUCUUUUUACUCUUUGUCUACUGUGCUCUAACCUGAAGUCUCUUUUCCAUUUUUACUUCAUAUCACAACUCAGCGUCUCAGAUCUUAAUGUUAAAUGUGUUUUCAAACUAGGUAAUUAAUAAAAAUAAUAAUAAUAAUUCACACGAAUGUAAUUUUAAAGGGUUUUUUGUCACUGUCACAACAACCUCUAACUGUCUAAAGAUUUUAAACUGGAUUCAUUCUUGCGUGUCUCCUACCUUUACCUCCCUGUGCCUAUUUAUGACUGUACAACAUGGCGAAUUAAUUAAAUAUUCUGUAUCAAAAAUAUCAAAAGAUUACGCUUGUUGAUGGAUGAGUGAAGAAAGAAUGAACAGGUGAUUAAUUGGGUUAAGCCGAAAUGGAUGACAGGAGAAAUGAUAAUUGCUCGUUUUGAAGAACAACCCCUGUGCCUCAUCAUAUUGAACCGUCCCUCCUUUGUCCUCUCUUUGAAUCAAUCUGUAGUUCCUUCCUCAGUGCCUGGGGCAUGUAAAUCCAUUCCUCAUUGAUAGUGUCCCCCACCUUUUAAAUCCUAGGGUAGUGGUUAUUGUAUCACUUUGUGAGUCUGCACGUGUCAUCAAGACUAAAUGUGGUCCUGGGGACACCUACUGUAGUGGGAACUACCACAAAAGCAGGUGAACACAGUAACAUCACAACUUUACAGGCGUGUAGUUGGGAUCAAACGCAGUUGUGGUCUAAACCAUAAGUUCCCAAAAAAAGAUUAGAAGUAGGGGGGCAAGAGGCCCAGUGGCCCCGUCUGUUAUCACGCCCCUAUCAAACAGUCUUUUGUAUUGUAUAUGUAUUUGUAAAUCACCAUAUGAAGCAUCGUAUUUGGUGUAAAAACUCAAUACUUUCCUCUAUGGGACUAGUCCUACAACUCCUUGGUGCUGCAGCUGGUUUGAUCCCAUCACAAGUUGGUCUCUAGUUUCUAGUUCACGCAAUUCACUCAACAGAGACGACAUCAGCCCAAGACUUUUCAGUUCUCUCUGGGUUUGACUAAUGCACCACAGGAAAGAAAUUAGCCAAAAGUAUUUGUUCUUUUACAUUUUUUACAUGUCCUCAACUUUUUUAAUUUAGUUAGGGUUAGGUUUAAAGAUAUGGUCAUACAGCUGUUUCAAGAUUUUAUUUUAAUUUAUAGAUUUUAAUUAGUACUUCUGUCAGUCCUUUUCUGUGGAUGAAUCUGGUAUGACGUCUUCUUUGUAGUUAGUCAUCACUCUGCUGUUUCCUGCUCGAUUUGAAUUAAGAGAGUUUUAAGUAAACUAUCCUCUUGGCCAAUCAGAGCAUAAGAUCAGUGAUGUGCAAGAAUGCCUUAUAUCUUAGUCCACAGUGUAACCAGUUCUCCCACUUUCCUCUGUUCAGUUAUAAUCUCUGCACCCCUGUCCUGUACAUAAAUGACUUAAAUUAGAUAUCUACAUAGACUGUAAAAGAAAGAACAUAUUGUAUUUUGCAAAUGGUGUAUGUUUGUUAGUUUUUUUUCCCUUGUCAGCCUGAAACCUUUAAAAUGAGUCUGAGCUACUUACCUUGUAAUUGAUUGUGUCAUUUGUACCUAAUGUAUGAUAAUGCAAAUAAAAAAAGCAAAAUGAGGUCCAUACUUA